GCAGAACUCUGGAACGACACGGACUGCACAUUUGUGCCAUCCACUGCUCAGCGGGUGUAGGGGUGGAUGGCAGAUGAGGGCACACGGGACACGGGAGCGCCCGCAGGUGGCCAGAGACAACGGAUGGUCGACGCAGAGAGGGACGACAUUCAGGACGCCCUCGAUGAGGAGGAGGGCCGCGAGGGUGGGGCCAGGGAGGGGGCGGUUGCAGACGAGGCAGACGAGGCAGUCGGAGAGCCUAACCUGCCAGGGGAGGAGGUGGUGAUGACGUCGAGAGGCGUCGGUGGAGCGGGUCCUACUACUAGGGCGUCGCAAGGUGAGGUGGAGCGCGCGAGGAGGGAAAAGAGGACAGUGGGGCAGGCUAGCGUCGAGGUGUCUGACACGGGCAAGGAGAAGAGGGCUCGGCAGACCACGAUUGUCGAGAUGAACGUCAGGGAGAAGUUGGCCGAGUUCCAUGAUGCGUGGCUUCAGUGGAUCUACGUGAAGAAGUUGCUAUUCAACGCCUUCCGUGGUCCGGAGUUUCAGAGGGUGCGGCAGGCAGCAGAGAGAGUGCCUCGCUCUAUCCUGUUCCGGUUUCCCUCCUUCAGGGUUACACCGGGGGGCGGUAUCCCUUCGCAGAGGGUGAAGAUGGCAGCGAUGGUGCGCGAGGUGCGCGCCACUUUCCGGCACAGCGCUGCCACUAUCCUUUUUGACGGGAGGAAGUCGCGCAGCGGCAAGCCGCUCGUGAACUUCCUGGCCGGGGGCGCCAAUGGCGCCCUGCUGUACGCCACCGUCGCACGUGAUGGGUCGGUCCGAGACACAGCAAGCGUCAUGUACCGUAGGUGGCGGGCCAUCAUCUUGUCCUCUCAUGCAAAGGACGUGAUCGGCUUCUGCACAGACUCCGCCAGUAACUAUACGGCGACAGCGUGCAGAUUCGCCACAGACCCCGAGCCUGACAUUAGGAGGAUCACUUGGCUCCCCUGCUCCACUCAUGUCUGCAACUUGAUGUUGUCAGAUAUCGGGAUGCGAGUAGUGUGGGUCAAGGAGACCAUCAUCCGCGCUCGAGCGCUUGUGCGAUUUAUUAAAUCGCACGGCGCUGCUCACGCCCUGUUUAGGAAGUGGGUGCAGCGGCAGAUCCGAGACGGGGAGUUUUGGCAGCGUGUCCAUUACGCCAUCCUAGUCAUGUCGCCCGUCCACCAACUGUUGCGCAGGAUGGAUAGAGGUGGGAUGAUGAUGUCCGUCGUUUACGAGUGGAGUCAGCAUCUGCUGCAGUUGAUGAGGAGGGUCGACGUGCCGACGGACAUGAUCGAGCCGUGCGUGCGUGAGGUUGCCAUCCGCAACCUCCACAUGCUAGAGCCCGCGCAUGCCUCGGCCCACCUCCUCAACUCUCGCCGACGGUCCCUCAUGUAUUACCAUUCGCUGCAGACGACCGCCGAAGACCGCCUUGUGGUCGAGGAGUGCGACAGAUUUCUCCUGGCGCAGACCGGCGACGAUUUGGUCGGGUUAUUGUACAGGACCGUGAGGAACCAGAUGAGGGCGUUCCACUCGAGGCGAUGGGAUUGGGGAGAUCGUGAGCUCUUCGAUGCCGAGGCGGCAGAUUGCAGGGGGGACUGCGAGACCGAACGAUGUGCAGCGUGGUGGUUCGAGCAUGGACGUGCUUACCCGGAGUUGCGCACCAUCGCCAUCCGUGUCAUGCACUUGUGGAAGUCUGCCUCUCCAGCGGAGAGGAACUGGGCGGAGCACGAGCGCGUCAGCACGGCGAAGCGCUGCAAGCUUGGGUUCGCCAAGCUUGCACAGCUGGUUGAGAUUGCCGCCAAUCUCAAACUGGCCUCGUGCGCACGGCAGGGUGGUUGCUACGCGUUGCCAUGGGUUAUGGGGAGCGGUCGGGGAAGGACGGCGGCAGAGGAGGAGGAUGAGGAGGGAGAUGUGGAGCCCGAGGUGUGGGGAGCGCGACCUGAUGGCAGUGUUCCCGAGCAAGAGAUCCAGGGGCAGAUUGUCGCUUUUCGUGACAGCCGACCGUCCAAAGCCCGUUCGGUUCGGGACGUGUUCGGCAGCAAAGCGACGGAGCUGCGACCGUGGCCGGAGGGUGGGGAUGAUGUGGACGCUGCGGCGCCAGACGACGACAUCGACGACAACUGGACUGACGAUGAUGACACGCCGCUGAGUCGCGACCCGACGGCUGAGCGAGUGUACUUCACUUACGGUGGGGGUCGUGACGACACAAAUUCAUUCACAUCAGUUAUCACUGGUGUUGUGUCGUCGAACGCGCCAGCAAAUGGCAGCAGCAGAGCCGGCGGUGGUCAUGGAGGACGUUCGCAUGCGGAGGUUCGCGUGGAGGACUCGGGGGAGCAGCAGCCACGGGGAGGUCUUCGGCAGACAGGCAGGCGUUGGGAGGUUAGGAGCGACAGCGAGGCAGAGGGGGAGGCUGAGGAUGAGGAGGUGCCCCUUCGCGAUCGCAGAGACCGGACACAUGACGGCAAGGAUCGUGGGGGGGAGAGGACUCCUUUCGACGCCGGUAUCCGCCCCCGCUCGUCGUCGGUGCUCCGCACACAGGACUUCGAGGACAUAGGGCUUGGUGGGAGCUUGGGAGGUUUUAGUGUCGAGGGACGUCGACGUGCCUCACCGCAGGAUGUGCGCACAGACGAGGACGUUGAGCGGGGCCCUGUUGAGACUGAGGAGGAGAGGGAUGCCCGUUUGGACCGAGAGGAGGAGGAGCGGCUGAGGAGUUUGCCACAGUGGGAGGGUCGGUUCGCGUAUCUCGACGAGCAGCGUCGGCAGAGGGACUUGGAGACAGGAGGGGAGGGGAGCCGUGACGUCGACGACUCGGGUGUCCCUGAGGAGGCGGUUCAGGGGGAGUUCAAUUAUGAGAGGCAGGAUGCCGCCGUGGCUGUCCCUGAGGGGCAGGAUGUUCUCAUGGGCGGUGGGUCCCCUAGUGAAGGCCGUGGCGACAGUGAGACCGCGGGUGAUGAGGGACAGGAUGCCGCAGUGUGCGGCAGAGGAGAGGGUGGACCCGGUGGAGAUGGGGAUACUGCGGGUGUUGGUGGAGACGAUGAUCCGGACGGCGACGAUGACGACAACCACGGUCCGGAGGACGAUCCGUAUAGGCUCGCCUUGGUAUUGAGGGACCCCACAAUGCCUCCCACGCGCCGUGACGGCACAGCGCACACUUUCUUCGACGCCGACGCUUUGGCGCAUGCGUUGACGGAUGACCCUUUCGCACACCUGAGCCGCAAGAGCGGCAAGCAGCGGGCCCCUGGGAGGGUAUAUUCACCGCCGCCGUUCACAGUGCAGAGCCCUCACUGGUCGGGUUUGUCGCUUAGCGGCGUUAGAGGGAGGGAGUCCAGUGCGGGUGAGGUGGGGUCCGGCAGAUGCAGCGACGGCGACAGAGAUAGUGCUGGAUCGAUGCCUCCACCGCCUGCACGGACUUCGGAGGGCAGGGUUGACACCGGGGACCGGACGGUGGCACCCGGAGUUGCGCACAGUGGCGGUUUCCUGCCGCCAGUCCGAGGAGGUGUGGGUGGCGGAUGGUCAGCUGUUCGUCGGGUCGGGGACCGGUUGCGGGCGGAUUAGGACGCCGGGAGGGGCGUCUUCACGGGACGUGGGAAAUGGAACUUGGUGGAUAUGGAACAUGGGACAUGGAACU